AAUAUUGAUGCAUGUUAAGGACGAUAAAAAUAUCCAAUAUCCAAAGUAUUUUUGUGAUACUGUUCGCUUUCAAUCACACCCCACACGACUUUAUUUUUGUUUGUUUUAAUCCAAAAACUCUCGUUUCAAUGCAGAUAAUUAUCUUCAUCUACGUAGAUUUAUCUGACCCCAAUUAUAGAAUUUAUCUGGAUUUUCCCAACAAUGUAGAAGUUAAUGGGAAUAAAUAAAAUGAUGGGCGGUCUUAAAAUAAAUACGUGUGCCUUGUAUGAGAGACCCAACCGUCCGUCUCCGAGACCUCCGCCGCUGCCGUUGACUCGAUCUCCAUGGCCGCCAUCGUCUUCCGCUCCUCUGUUUUCUUCCUUCUUCUUUUUAAGAUCUUCUCCGCCACCGCCACCGCCACCGCCACCGCCGUGGGUUCUUACCGGAAGGUGAAGUUUCUGCCGGGAUUCUCUGGUCCUCUGCCUUUCGUACUUGAAACUGGAUACGUGGGCGUGGGCGAAUCGGAGGAAGUGCAGCUUUUUUACUAUUUUGUUGAAUCGGAGGCCAAUCCCGAAACGGAUCCUCUGCUUCUGUGGCUCACCGGCGGCCCCGGAUGCUCUGCUUUAACUUCGCUUGCCUUCGAAAUUGGUCCUAUAAGUUUUAAGGAAGAGCGAUUCAAUGGGAGUUUACCUCAAAUAAUCUCGAACCCCUACUCGUGGACAAAGAAAUCUAGUAUAAUAUUUGUAGAUUUGCCAGUAGGCACUGGAUUUUCAUAUGGUACGACUCAAGAGGCUCUUGAAACGGGAGAUUUUAGUCAAGUUCACCAUUCUCUUCAAUUUUUGAAAAAGUGGUUGGCUGAUCAUCCAGAAUUUAUGUCUAAUUCAUUCUACGUGGGUGGAGACUCAUAUGCUGGUAUGAUUGUUCCAGUUGUUGCUCAAAAAAUCUUAGAAGGAAAUAGCGAUUGGCCAUUUGUAAAUUUUCAGGGUUAUGUAUUAGGAAAUCCUGUCACUAUUCGCAAUUCAAAUCAAAAUUUUCAAGUUCCUUAUGCUCAUAGGAUGACCCUCAUCUCUGAUGAAUUAUUUGAGUGGUUGACAACUAGUUGCAAAGGAGAAUAUGUAAACAUCGAUCCCAAUAACGUAGAGUGCUUAAAACAUUAUGAUACGUAUGAAAAGUGUGUUUCAAAAUUGGAAAAAGGAUGUAUUUUGUUGCCAAAAUGUCCAUUUGAGUCUCCAAAGCAAAAAGAUGACCAUGAUCGAAGAUCUCUCUAUAACACUCCCAAAGUGUUCCUUGAUCCCAAGCCACCACUUCCUUCUCUGGGUUGCGCUUCGUAUAAAUUCUUACUUGGUUAUUAUUGGGCUAACGACGAUCAAGUUCAAAAGGCACUUCACAUACACGAGGGAAGUAUUGGAGAAUGGAUAAGAUGUAAGAGAAGAGAGGAUUACAAUUUUGAUAUUGAAAGUGCUUUUUCUUGUCAUGUGAACCUUAGUUCAAAAGGUUACCGGUCUUUGGUCUAUAGCGGUGAUCAUGAUAUGGUUGUGCCGCAUUUGGACACUCAAGCAUGGAUUAGAUCUUUAAAUUACUCCAUUGUCGAUGAUUGGAGACCAUGGUUCAUCGUCGAUCAAAUAGCCGGAUAUACGAGAACUUAUGCAAAUAAGAUGACAUUUGCAACCAUAAAAGGUGGAGGGCACACAGCUGAAUACACUCGAAAAGAAUGCAGUGUAAUGUUUAGUAGAUGGAUAGCUGGAGAAUCCUUAUAGAUUGUUUUAUAAGUGAAGGCUUUAAUUUACUCGUCCAGCAGAAAGUUUCAUUUACUGAUCCCAUUGGAUUACCGAAUACAUUAACAAAAGAAGAAAAAAAAUGAAGAUAUGGCAGAAAUUGCCUAUAGUUGGAUAAUACUUCAUCUGUCAGAUAAAUUUUUUUUUUCAAAGGUUAAGCAAUAUCGAUAAUGUUGUUCAACAAUGGACAAAGCUUUAAGAACUCUACAUGGCAAAAUCGAUCCCCAAUAAGAGGAGCGCGAUUUCUUUGGUUUCA